CCUUGAUGUUUUCUGUUGUGUAACGACGCCAAAACUGACUGACGAGCCAUGCCAAAUUUCUUAUUAGUAUCACCUACUACCGUCAACUCGAUGAUCCUUGACAGAGUCGGGCCUACUCCUAUCAUUGUGGUCACGGAUGUAGGCCUGUUUCUGUCGUCUUACUGAAUAUAACGAGAAAAUCUUCACGUUGCCCCUCUUUUGAUGCAAUACAUAGUCUGUCACAUCGCACAUAUACAAAAACGGCCCCGUUGAAUUACGUUCCGCGGGUAUCGCACAGCACACCUGUGCAAACAGCCUUACGGUUCAGAAUCUCAAACAAUGAGUACCUCGUAGUGAGAAGUAGUAGUAGAUAUAGAGCAGGUGCGAGUGAAGUGUGCUUGCCACCUCUAUGUUACAAUUGAUGGUACAAUGAGCGAGGAGGCAAACCAGGAUGCAAGCAAGAAGGCCGCGUCCAACUGCCAGGAGGCCGCAGCGCCGGGUGCCGGAGCCGGCGCCGAGUGUGACGUGCUUGAUGCCUCGACUAAUGUGUCACAAACACAUGUCACACAGAUGACAGCAAGCUCUGAGCCCCCGGUGGCUGAGAACACGAAAUGGAUCUGUGAAGUGUGCACAUACGAGAAUUAUCCACUCUCAAGAAAGUGCACGAUGUGUCGCAGUUCGAAGCCGCUGUUGGGUGAGGAUAUAUUUAAAUUACAAGAUGGCGCUAGUGCACUGCCCACGCAAGAUGUCUGUGGUGCGGAAGCGGUAACGGAACGACUGAAACCUCUCAGGAUAUCAUCGCCGCAGGGGCAGCCCUGCGAGGGCGCCUCCUCUGUCAACAAGUGGCCUUGUCCGACGUGCACGUACGAGAACUGGCCGAAGGCUGUGAAGUGCGCCAUGUGCGGCGCGGCCUGCCCCCCGCCCGCGCCCCCGCCCGCCCCCGCGCCGCCCUCCCCCACGCCCUCGCGGACGGCAGGUACAAACGAUAUCUGCAACAGUCAGAACUUGUCUCUGCACGACGUGGACUCAAAUACACGACGCACCUCGAAAAGAAGGACGAACAACGUCGACUGGAUAUGGCUGCAGGCCUGCUUGGGCGUGGUGGAGGGCGACGAGCGGCGCGUGGAGGCGUACCUGGCGAGCGGCGGCGACCCCGCGCGCGCACUGGCGCCCCACGAGCUGCCGCUGCUCGACCGCGCCUCCGCCUUCGACGUCGGACACACGCUCGUGCACCUCGCCAUCAGAUUUCAAAGACAAGAGAUUUUGGCAAAUUUACUUUCUCGAAUAUCCGGCGGUGGUUCCGGCAUCAAAAGGUCACCAUCAUACAUAGCCCCGGACCUGGCCGCGGCGAUACGUCGGCACAUGGCGAGUUGCAUUCGAGUGAAUAAGGGCAACUUUCUGAGUCGGUACAUGACGGAGUUCUGCACCUUCUCCCUACCAGCAGAGAUAAUGGAGCUGCCGGGCGCGGUGCAGCAGCAGGUGUUCGACGAGGUGCUGGACCGGGAGGCGCAGCGCGCGCUGGAGGGCGGGCCGCGGCCGGCCGUCAACUUCAGCGGGGAGGUGACGGCGCGGCUGCGCUCGCGGCUGUUCGCGCUCUGGAACCGCUCCGCCGGCGACUGCCUGCCCGACGCGGCCGCGCAGGCCGCCUACGGCGUCGCCGACCGCGGCCAGGCGCUGCGCGCGGCGCUGGCGGCCGCCAUGGCGGCGCCGCUGUACGCGCGCUGGGCCGCCUGGGAGCGCCUGCAGGCGGCGCGCCCGCCGGCGCCCUACGCGCCCUCCGAGCCGCAGCUGCGCGGCGAGUGGGCGCGGCUGGCGGCGGCGGCGGCGCGGCCGGGCGCGGCGCUGCGCCAGCCGCACGUGUUCGCGCUGGCGCACGUGCUGCGCCGCCCGCUGCUGGUGCUGGGCGUGGAGCUGGUGGCCUCGCACCGCGGCGAGCCGCUCGGCUACGCGCGGUUCCGCGGCCUGUACCUGCCGCUGCUGUGGGACCCGGACCGCUGCUCCAAGUCCCCGCUGUGCCUGGGCUACACGCGCGGACACUUCUCCGCGCUCGUGCCCAUGGAGCCCUACCGGCCGCGCCGAGACUACAUCUGCCGUGACGAUGAAGAAGAGACCGAGAAUGUAACGUACCUGCCGCUCACAGACUCCGAGGGGAAGUUGUUGCCUGUACAUUAUUUGACCUGUGAGGAGAUGGCGGACACGGAGGGUGUGGUGCGGCGCUGGCUGUCGGCGUGCGUGACGCGCGGGGGGGUGCUGGCUGCACGGCAGACGCUGCACCCGAGGCCACUGCUGCAGGCCCAGAUGCUGGAGGAGUGGCUCAACCACUACCGCCGCCUCGCGCAGCAGUCGCAGGGUCCGUUCCCGCCGCGGCUGUCGGGCGCGGACCUCUCGAGCGACCCCGACACCGACGAGGAGUGACCCCGCCCGGGGACUCGCGCCGGACUCGCCUGCAGAGGUUUCACUGCUGCCUCCACACCUCACAUUGUACUGCGCCGCCCGGCUCGCCCUGGCCUCUCCGCUCUAGUGCGGGCCGCACGUCACCUCGCGUGUCGGUUGAUAACCGAUAAAUUUAACGAAUUACCGGUAAUCGUUCCGACCGAACGAUCCUAUAGAUCGUAUGUCAGAUAUGGAUAAAAAUAGAUUCAAAAUCUACGUGUACGUUGCGUCAAUUUUCGUAUCUAAAUUAGACACUCGCGAAAUUUACUCGUUAUUUCAAUUCUCGUAAUAAUAAUAAUCUCAGGAUAAUUCACACAGCGCCAUCUAGACCCAAGUUAAGCUAGCUAAACUAGAUCACUGACACAAAUACACAGAUAUUUUCGUAAAUACAUAUAAUACGUAGAAAACACACAGACUGAGAAGCAAUCAAACUCAUGAAUACGAAUGUUUGUGCAGUGUAAGGAAUCGAACCCGCGGAAGUAAAACCGUGUAGUAAAUCACAAAGGCCGUGAAAUAAAUAUAUCGAAAAUAUUACCGGCUGGUUUUUAAAUGCAGGAGGGAAUUUGAUAUUAUUGAAUAGCUUUUGUAACAUGAAGCGCUUUUCAAAGUAGAGUAGUAGUGACGCUUUGUUCUCGUAUAAGUUGUGGUAUUUGAUCGUCUAUCUCUAUCUAUGUCUGUGAUUCAAUCUAAUGAACAUUCAUAAUAUUCAUUCAUUCAUUAUCGUGGAUAUUUAACCUUUCGAAUGUCCGUAGUCUAUCGCAGCGACCGAAACUGAAGAGGCGGUAUGCGCGCGCCAGCUGUACUUUUUCAAAUGCGUUUCGAUCUUAUUUCAUUUUAAAUAAGGACUAAAUUAGUUAAAAAGAAGUCACGGUUUUGCGGGCACAGAUUCAAAUUAAAAAAAAUCAUUUAUUCAUGUAGGACAUUUUAGCCGCUUA